AUGACACGUAAGCGCAGAAAUAAUAGCUCAAAUGAUUCGGAGAAGUCUCAUUCUUCAGAAACUCGUCGAUCUUCUUCACCCGCAAAUUCUCAUAAUCAUUCUUCACGCUCUCAUCCAGCACAUUCCUCCGGUGGCUUUGCAACUUACUGCAAAGAUUCUGAUAAUCGCAGGCAUGGGGAAAACCAAAAAAAUUACUCUCGCCAUCACAAAGUACACCGUGUGAAAGAUUCAACGAUUAGUGAUGAAAAACAUAAUCGACAUGCGCAGAACGGCAAAGAAAAAAAAGAAGGAAGGAAAGAUGUUAUGGACUGGAGAUAUCGUAAAUCCAGAGAUGAUAAUGACGUCGCAGGAAGAAUUAUCAGUGAUAAAAUGUCAAAAAAAGAAAAGGAAAGGAUACAAAGUCUUACGAAAGAGAGAAUAGAGGAAAAUCGAGGUUCAUUCAGCAAGCAUGAAUUGCGGAAAAGGAUGAAAAAAGAGUUCGACAAGGAAACCGAUGGGAAGUUAUCAGUUAAUAAUACAAAGGAAGAAAGACUCAAAAAUACAAUCAGGGACCGUUCACAAAUACUUUUCAGUAGUCAGUUUGGUGAAUACCCUCACGGUAAUCACAAUAGCAAAGAAGAAUCAAAGAUCGAAAAAGAGAAGCCGAAUUUUGAACCGAGCGGAAAAUUGGCUGAAGAUACGAAUACGUACAGAGGUGUUGUUAUCAAAUACAAUGAACCAUCUGACGCCCAUGUACCAAAAUUACGUUGGCGUCUUUAUCCUUUUAAGGGCGAUGAAGCAUUACCAGUGUUAUAUAUUCAUCGACAAUCAGCGUAUUUAAUCGGACGUGAUCGUAAAAUCGCUGAUCUCCCAGUAGAUCAUCCUAGUUGUUCGAAACAGCAUGCUGUCUUUCAGUAUCGUCUCACACCGAAGGAUUUGCCUGAUGGAACAACUGUAAAGCGCAUAAGACCUUACAUAAUAGAUCUCGGUUCAGCGAAUGGCACAUAUCUAAAUAAUGAACGUAUCGAGUCACAACGAUUCGUAGAGUUGCGGGAGAAGGAUGUGUUGAAAUUUGGAUUCAGCACACGCGAAUUUGUACUACUUAAUGAAAAGUCACGUGAUGGGGAAGAUGUGGAAACGGUGAAGAAAGAAAAACUAUCACCUUCCUGA